CCGAUCGAGACUUUCGUUGAAGGUUGGCAGCCCUAAUGGGCCGGAAAACAGGUUUAGAACCUCCGUUUCUCCACAGUUCCUCUCUCUUCUUGUUUUCUUUUUCAAUUCGUUUGCCGUAAGAUUUUGGUUCGGGUUUGUUUUUAAGUUUUUUUUCCCGAAAAGUUUUCGAUUUUCUUUUUAAUUUCGGAAAGUGGAACUGCGGGCGAGGACGGCUGGACCCGGACCCGCGACAAUGGACAGACGGACUCGCUGCGUAAACCUGCAGGAAAUUCGCCUCGCUUGAAUUUCAACCUCACAAAGGCUAGUCUAUUCGGAUUACGCGUGAAUAUGGAAAAACAUGCUGAAUCCAGUGGGAUCAUGAAUGCAAAUUCUGAUAAAAUUCACUCACUCUGCCUAGGAGUGGAGAUUUGCGUCGUGUGCGGUGACAGAGCUUCUGGGAGACAUUAUGGUGCAAUAAGUUGUGAAGGGUGUAAAGGGUUCUUCAAAAGAAGCAUACGGAAAAGAUUAGGCUAUCAAUGCAGGGGCAACCAGCAGUGUGAAGUAACAAAACAUCAUAGAAAUCGAUGCCAAUACUGCCGACUUCAAAAAUGCCUCACUAUGGGAAUGCGAAGUGAUUCUGUUCAACAUGAGAGGAAGCCCAUUUCUGUUAAAAAAGAAUUUCCCAACCAUAGCAGUCCAUUUUAUCCUUCCAAUAUCGGUCAAUCAAAUUAUGGAGUUUACAAUUCUUUACCAUACAAUUUAUAUUCAGAUGGGUAUAUUAAACAGGAAUCAUCAAACAUUAUUGGAAAUUACGACUAUAGUAACUAUGAUGAGUCUUCUGAUAGUGAUUUGAUUGAAUCAAUAGGACCUGGACAAGAUAGCAAGUCAAUGAUAAACUCAGCAAUGGAAAUAGCUACUAAAUUGGGCAUGAACGGUAACUUUGGGAACUCCGACGAUGAAGAAAUGGAAAAUUUACAAUUUGAUGGACGGCUACUAGAUGAUAACGCAUUCAUUUUCCAAAUUCAAAGCCCAUCGCCAAUGCCUGCUUACACUGAUGUACAUUACAUUUAUGAAAGUGCAUCAAGACUACUUUUUCUCUCAGUGCAUUGGGUGCGAAAUGUACCCGCAUUCCAAAUUUUGAACAUGGAUACGCAAGUAUCACUCAUCAAAGGGUGCUGGAGUGAACUGUUUACGUUGGGACUCUCUCAGUGUGCCCAAGUCUUAGCUCUUCCUACGAUUAUUUUAUCUAUCAUCAAUCAUCUCCAAAGUUCUGUAGCACAACAGAAAAUUUCUUCUUCCAAAGUAAAGGCAGUUACCGAACAUAUAUUUUCACUUCAAGAUUUUGUUGGCUCUAUGGUUGCUCUAAAUGUGGACGAUCACGAAUAUGCUUAUUUGAAAUUAAUUGCUCUAUUCAGCCCAGACAACCCCAGUUUACACAUAAGGCGACAGUUGUCAGAAUUGCAAGAGAAAGCUUUUCAAGAACUCAGAGAACAAAUAGGCGAUGUCAAUUCUAACAGAUUUGCAAGAUUACUUCUCCGUUUGCCUCCAUUAAGAGCUUUGAACCGGCAUAUCAUGGAACAGAUAUUUUUCCCAGGCCUUGGCGAUCAAUGUGAUAUAGAUAACAUUAUUCCAUUUAUUCUUAAAAUGGAAAGCAUUGAUUUUGUGAAUGAACAAAAUAAUUAAAUUUUGCUGGCAUGUCAUUUUGGAGAUGAUCAUAUUGACAAACAGUUGACAGCCUUAUUUAUAUUGUACUUAAGCAAGUAACUAUUUUUCCCUUAAUUUUUUGUUUUUGUUGGUUUUGCUUCCAUUUGGAUUUAAAUAAAACAUUUUAUUAUAUUCUUUAUAGGAGUGAGUUAUGUAUGUGCAAUAAAUCGAAGUGAAAAAGUAAGACAGAAUGGUUUUUUAAAAAUUCAAAGUUAUUGAAGGAUGUUAUGGGCAAUAUUUAACGUAUUUUUUUACGUUUUUAGCCUUUGUCAUCUUAAUUAACAUGUUUUUAACAUAAUAAAAAAAAAUGUACCCAUUUAAAUAUCCAAAUGUGAUAAUUAUUCAUUUUAUAUUCUGUUUUUAGUUUAAUAUAUUGCAGAUAAAUGCUGCUACAGUUCAGGUUAUUAAACGAUAUAUUUGUUGAAUAUUCUACCAAAUCAAAGUUGAUUUCUGCUUAAAAAGGAUCGUUUUUUGUUUGUUUUAGUUGAUAAGUGUUAGAGCUUUUAAUUUAUAUUUAUGUGAAUUAUUUUGGUGUAGCGUUGGAUAUUUAUCUUUAAAAAUUUUCUUUUCCAAAUAGUUAUUUUGCACUAGUAUUAUUUGAUUUUGAUUAAGUUUUAAUUUGAUAAUUUGUAGAAUGUAGUAAGUAAGUACAAAACAAUAGUAGUAAAAAGUUGAAUUUUUUUUAAUGUUAUUUGUAAGGGCUGUUUUUGUCCAUUGCUGCAAUACAUCCUUUAAUCAAUGUUACUCGAGAGAGAGCUUUUCAUGGUGCAAAACCUUAUACAAAUCGAACAUAAGUGUUUUUAUUAUACCUUCUUCUUAAUGUUUUAUUUAUACAAUUUAAUUUGAAUAGUACUUUUACCAGAAUUACCUCUAUUUAAAAUCAUGUUAAUAUAUUUUUUAAUUUUUCACCACUCCUUUCAACCUUGAAAUUAGGUUUGUUUUUAUAUGAACAGGGUACGAUCUAUUAUUCUUUACUGUUCAUAAACAAAAGUUAGAGGUUUUACAGGGUCUUGUAUAUUUUGCAAAGUUUUAUUUUAAGAUUGGCACUCGAAACAAAAAUUUUGCAAAUACAGGUAAUAUGUGUAUUUAUUUCUUGUAAAAAUACAAAUUUACGAUUCAUCAAAAUAUCUCUUACAACGCACUAAUUUAUUACAUUUGUUUUAAAUUCUAGAAUAAUUACUUCUAGAAUGAAAGUUGUAUUAUUAUUAUUAUUAUUGUGUUAUUUUUUCAUUGGUGUGGAGAUAUAUAUAUAUUUCCUUAGUUGUCAUUAGGCAAAUUUGGGGUUGUACGAUAAAAUGAAUUUUAAGACAAUAAUUGAUGUAAGUAUAAUUAUUUAUAUAAUCUAGAAUAAUUUGUUAAAUCGUCUUGAAACAUAUUUUGUAUAAAGAAAUGUACUUAUAGGUUUUGUGAGCAGGAAAUUAUUCGGCCGACAUUUUGUUUCUGUUUGCUGUAGUUUUGUGAUUGAUAACAUCCCGUUACAAUGCUCGGAACUACUCAUAUCACAAAACUAAUUUUGUUGUAAUCCUAGUCUACCAAAGCUCAUAAGUUUUAUAUAUAUUAUUAACCAUAAAGGCGUAAAUUAGAGAGAUGGUUUUCCUUGGUCGGUACCAGUUAACGUUUCUUGAAAUAUACCCCAAACAAUAUAAUGUGACAAAUUAUAUUUUUCAAAUGAAAAUUUGAAUUUAAAAUGUUGGUAGAUAUAGCAAAAUCAGUCAUUUUUAUAUACAAAUUAUAUUAUUAUUACUAUGUGCAAUGUGUCCAAAGACAAUAAAAUAAGAGGUCUGACAAUAACAUAGAUUAUUUAUCAUAUUUUCUGUUGAUAAAGUAAAAACAUGUUUAUUGUGGUUGUACACCUGUUGUCAGAUCACAAAGUAUAUACUUAAUUUUCGUAAUGUAAUACGAGAUAUAGAUUAAUUAUUGUACUUAAUAGGUUUAUUGGGCAAUAGUAUUUAAAAUAUUUUGAGACAUUAUAUUUUCUGAGACGAAGUUGUAUUUAUUUUUAUUAAACGUUACAGUUGUCGAUAUAUUUCCAACUGAUCUCUACCAUAUUAUGUAUUCACACAGGAUAUUUUCAUAACAAAAAAUAUGUUACAGCCAUUGAUGUUCCAACUGAUCUCUUUAUCAUGUUUUUGUUCACACCGGGGAAUUGUGAAAACUA